UCCCAGCCGGAAGGAGGGCGGGAUGUGAGGUCGGGGAGCCCGAGGAAGCAGCAGCAGCAGCAGCAGGAAAGAGCACUGGAAGCUGCUGGGCAACUUGAAGACUACAGUGGAAGGUUUGGUGUCAAUCAAUAAUCCCAAUGUCUGGUCAAAAUAUGGCGGCUUGGAGAGGCUCUGCAGGGACAUGCAUAGCAUCCUAUAUCAUGGUCUCAUCCCAGAUAAGGUGUGUUGUCGGCAGAGGGAUUACUGGCAGUUUGUGAAGGACAUCCGAUGGCUGAGCCCACAGACUGCCCACCAUGUGGAGAAGUUCAUCAGUCUGCAUGAGAAUGGACAGCGAAACACUGACAGCGACCGAGCCAUUGCAGAGCUGUGGCUCCAGCACAGUCUGCAGUUCCAUUGCCUGUCAGCUCAGCUGAAGCCUCUGCUUGAGAACAAGCAGUACAUCAGGAAAUUCUAUGCAGACUCAGCUUUUCUGCUCAGUGAUGCCCAUGUCACAGUCAUGCUGCAGUGCUUAGAGGCUGUGGAACAGAACAAUCCUCGGCUGUUAGCUCAAAUAGAUACAUCCAUGUUUGCCAGAAAAAGUGAGGUUUCCAUGCCUAUGACAAAGAGCCGAAGCCUCACGGCACUUUCUGGUUCCAUAUGUACCCCUCCCGCUGAAUGCACAGCCCAGCGUUAUUUUGGCUCCUUCUCAGGUGUUAACAUAGCUGCUGCCAGUAUCCAAGACAGGAGGCUAUCAAGCACUUUGGUUUGCAGUAACUCCAGCCAGCCUCAGGAAAAUGCCCCGUGUGCCUCGUCUCACUGGCAGCCGGAGGGCAGGUCCCCCCAACGCCUGACUGCCCCUAUUCCACAGCUCACUGUCUCUUGCCCAAAAGACUCCUCCCCAACUGGUGAGAUGAGUGCCAGCACCUCAUCUAACCCAAACGAUGACCCCUGGGCAAGGAGCCUGGAUGACACAGAUGGGCCGGAAUACCUGGCCAUUGGGAACUUGGGCCGGCAGAGUCGCUCUUAUGACAGCCCAAGUGAAACCAGCACAGCCACCACCAACAGUAUUGGGAGUAGCACCUCCAAUCUGUUUUCAUCCAGCAGCUCUCAGAAGCGGGAGUCUCCCUCCUCCUUGAGGGAGCAGGGAGCAAGUGGUGGCAGUAGCAGCUCGCGGGGAACCAGCCUCUUGCGCAGGUCCAGCUUCUCAGAGGGACAGACAUUGGCUCCUAAAGGGACACUCAGGAGGAGCCACAUGCGCUCCCACUCGGACACCAACGUGGCCUCUGGGAAAGUGAAUGGAGGGCACAGAAACAUCAGCAUUAUAAUAGAAGAUCCUGUAGCAGAGUCCAAUGGUGAUAUUUCUAGGUUCAAAGGCAGCUCAGUGCAGUGUGGUGAAGUCAGUACUCCUGGCUCUGAGUUCGAUAUUGGGCAACAUCUACACUCCGGUGAAGGGAUGUUCCGGAGGCCCUCAGAAGGCCAGUCCCUAAUCAGUUAUUUGUCAGAGCAAGAUUUUGGCAGCUGUGCAGACUUGGAAAAGGAAAAUGCUCACUUUAGUAUCUGUGAGUCACUCAUUGGUGCCAUUGAGCUGAUGAAGUGCAACAUGAUGAAUCGGCAAUUGGAAGAGGAGGAGGAGGACAGCGACAAAGAGAUCCAGGAGCUCAAACAGAAGAUCCGCAUCCGGAGGCAACAGAUAAGGACCCGACAUUUCCACCCAGCUUACCAGGAAAUGGGUUCUGACAGCCUUUUAGCGACAGACAGCGGAUCCCACUUCAGCUCCCGAGAUUCAGCACACCUGUCUGACUCAGGAUCUGCUGAAGAGGUGGAUGAAUAUGAGAUUAAAGAUGGUAACGAUGGAUCUAACCUCAUUCAAUUGUCCAAGAAUGGCCUGUCCGUCUCAAUGGCUUCCUUGUUUUCAGAUGCAGACAUCAAGAGGAAUUCAGCUCCCAGCAGAAAACCCUUCCAUUUCUCUGGCACCACGUUCCACUCCUUUCUCAACUCGAACUCGGCUGAAGCUGUGGCCAUGGGCCUUCUGAAGCAGUUUGAAGGGAUGCAGCUGCCUGCAGCUUCGGAACUUGAAUGGCUUGUGCCAGAGCAUGAUGCCCCGCAGAAACUGUUGCCAAUUCCUGAUUCUGUGCCCAUCUCACCUGAUGAUGGGGAACAUGCAGACAUCUACAAGCUCCGCAUCCGGGUUCGUGGAAACUUGGAAUGGGCACCACCACGGCCACAGAUCAUCUUCAAUGUCCAUUCAGCACCAACGAGGAAAGUAGCAGUAGCCAAGCAGAACUACCGCUGUGCAGGUUGUGGCAUCAGAACAGACCCUGAUUAUAUCAAACGCAUGCGCUACUGUGAAUACCUUGGCAAAUAUUUCUGCCAGUGCUGCCAUGAGAAUGCCCAGAUGGUCAUCCCUAGUCGGAUCCUACGCAAGUGGGAUUUCAGCAAGUAUUACAUCAGCAAUUUCUCCAAAGACCUGCUAACCAAAAUCUGGAAUGACCCCCUUUUCAAUGUGCAGGACAUCAACACUGGCCUCUACCGCAAGGUCAAAUUGCUCAACCAAGUCUGGCUGUUGAGAAUCCAGCUGUACCACAUGAAGAACAUGUUCAAGACCUGCCGCCUUGCUAAAACGCUUCUGGAUGCCUUUGAUGCUGUGCCAGGUCAUUUGACAGAAGAUCUCCACCUCUAUUCCUUAAAUGAUCUGAGUGCCACCAAGAAAGGGGAGCUUCUUCCCCGCCUGGCAGAACUCCUCAGGGCAGGAACCCUGCAUGUUGAGAAAUGCAUGCUGUGCCAGGCUAAGGGCUUCAUCUGUGAAUUCUGCCAAAAUGAGGAGGACAUCAUCUUUCCCUUUGAGCUGAAUAAGUGCAGGACCUGUGAAGAAUGCAAAGCCUGCUAUCACAAAACCUGCUUUCGAUCAGGACCUUGCCCUAAGUGUGAGCGGCUGCAAGCGCGAAGAGAGUUGCUGGCAAAACAGAGCAUGGAGGCAGACCUCUCAGACUAUGAGGAUGAGCAGGAGGAGGAUAUAGCAGGAGCAGCCACGUGACAGUUAACAAGACUGGAGUUUGGUGCAAAGCCUCUGUCUCCAGAAUCUGACAGUGAACUGAAAAUAACCCUUCCUUGGCUAACGGGCUAGCUGGAGUGGAGAGAUUGCAAAGGGGUCUUUUGCACCUGGCAGGGGGGGGGGUCCUAUUUACCACUCCUUGAGAGAUGCAGAACAAGAGAGAGAAGGGUUUUGUUGCAGUUCCUGCCACUGACUUUGAUGCACUACAAAGCUAAGCUUUGCUGCAGCCACAAAAAGAACAGCUGCUUUGGUCUGAGUCGAAGACCUGAGUGCCUGGACCUUGCCAUGUUCUAAGAAAAGUUGGUGAUGGGCUUGCCAAGGGCUGAAUGUCUAAGUUCCUGGUGAAGUACCAAAGCACUCCGAAAGGGAAAGUAACCCACUCAAAUAAUUUUACUCACUGUUAUGACUACUGUGUACCAGAAAAGGCCGCUUUUAUUUUGUUUUUCUCUUUUGCCAAAACCACUGCCUAUAACUUUGCUGCUGCUCUUCACACAUCCAGCUCUCAUUUUGUGCCUGAUGUCCAUAUGACAUGACAGGGAUGCCAGAGCUGAAGGGCUGUAAGGAAUGCCCUUUUUUCUGUUGGGAGCUACCUAGCUGUCUGAAAACCAUGUGGAGGAAAUAAGCUGAUAACUGACAAGUGAAACCUGAAUUGUAUAUUGUAUAUUUUGGUUUUGGUAAGAGUUGUGUGGUGUGAUAGUGGUGGACAUUCUGUUUAUCUACCACAGUCCUAAUGUGUUAGGAAGUGAUUAGAACCACCAAUCAGGUGCCCACCAAGUAUUGCAUUAUAGCUCCCAUAAUCCCUAGCCAGUAUGGCCAAGGAUGAAGUGAGUGGUAGAUCAGCAUAUCAGGGGGAUGUUUUGAAAGGUAUGGGUGCUUCCUUAGAUCAGCAAGAAAUUAACUUUUAAUGCUCCUGUAGUGAUGCAUCUGUUUCUCAUCCUGCUGUGUCUGCAAUUGGAUCUGCAACUUACAGAGGAAGAAAGGGGAGUUGAAAGGAAUGGGUACCUGAUGUAAGAUUUUAGGUAGGUGUGAAGGAUGGGACAUUUUCUUUAGGGAAGCCUGGUGGUGCUGAGCAAGUGUAGUUCAUUUUGUCGUCCCUAUGGGAGCUUAGCAGGAGAGAGCUGAGAGGAUGCAGGUAGUUCUCAAAGAAUGGAGUAGUGGUCUAUAUCAAUUUCCCUGCUAUCUGCUGGCCUUGGGUGGUGGAGGAAGGAGGCUUAGUUGACAUGAGCACUGAAUGCAUCUUGAAUUCACUACAAAUGGAGGCUACAGGCUGGUAGCAAGUCAGCCUUGCUACAGUCUGAGAGUUUUGUUACGUUACUUACCUUUCUCUCUCACUCUGUGUCUCUCAUUGUUAAACACCAAAGUAUACACCAUCUACACAGCCUUUUCCAUGGUGUCUUCACCACUUAUUUCUGCUCUAAGCGAUUGAAAUAGCCAGCUCCCUCCAGUUCAGUUCUUGAAAUGCAGUUGCUCUUCCUCCUGUUAAGAAUCAUGGAGCAGCUAUACCUGUGGGGUUCUGAAGCUGCUCAUCCACCCAUGUUCAUGGCAUAUGUGAGAGCUCUCUUCUAUGAGCUGGAUUAAUUAAUCAGAUUUCACCCUCCUGUUGACUGUUGCCAUUUAUUUCUUCUCUGUCCUUGUCAGCUAGGUGUGCACUAAAACCCUUCUGCCAAACGCCUUGAAAUGGGCUGUGUGCCUUUAGUGGGAAGAGAAUAAAGUCUGAGGCUCUUGAGGCAGCUGCCUUCUAGACUAAACUAUUGUACAGAGCAAAUUUUCAUUCCCAGGUACAUUGCUUGCCAGUGUCUUAGCAUACUAUAUACAGCUUGUAUCAUCUUCCCACUCCUCCCAUUCUCAUUUGUGUUGCUGUCUGGAAACUAGACAUGUACCCUUGCAAUACAGGCAGGCUUUCCAGAGCACCUUGAACCACCCUACAGUAUGUCAUUAAGAAAGGUUUUGCGAAAGUGUGUAAGAGUCAGUGUGUUGUCUGAAGGUGGGCAUUGUAUGACAUGGUGUCCUGAAAAUGUAAUUAAGAACUGGCUCAAGCGGUACUAAGCAGAAUCUCCUUAUUUUUUUGAAACAUCUAUUUUUGAGUUUUUCCGUCAUUUUUAAAAACUGUAUUGGAUAAAAAAUCCAGUUAAAGUAAGAGGCUGUUGUCAGGUAUUUAUAUACAUAUGCAAAAAUAAGGAGUACAGGCUCUUCAGAUUUGUGUUAAUAAAAGAUUUCUAAAGGGAUCCUAUCCCUGCUUUUCUUUUUUAUAGUCAUAAAAUUGUGGAUUUUAAUUUAUUGAGUUUGCAAAGUACCAAGAAGCUGUCCCUUCCUGCUUCUUCUCAAAUGUGACAGUGGAAGAAGCAGCUGAGGGUUAUUUGUGGUUUACACUCAUUGAAAGACCAUCUUUGCCACCCACUGGCCCAGAAGUUGUGUUUUUUAUGAAUGUGAAAUGCCUAGUGUCCAGGUAUAGUAUGCCCAGAGUUUUGCAGAAGCCUUGUGGGAUCACUUCCAAACUUCAGAAGGAUAAUGCUGGGAUAAUUGUCUUUUGGAAUGUGCAGACUUUGCAAUGGUUUUGUGUUUUAAUCUAUUUGUCAGCAAGGAGGAAGCAGUUCCCAGAACAGAGUGCUGGACCAGUAGAAGCAGAGGAACAAGGAGUAGGAUAUAGGUGUCUGUCUGAACUCCCUUGGCAAGAUAAAUGAUGGAGACAUGAGGGACAGAGGUGCAAUAUAAAUGUCCUUAUGAUACAAUGCUUUGAGUGUCUGUACGUUCCCUUGAGAAGUGUCUCUGGUGCUUGGCAGCCAGAUUGUCUGUGCUCCUCAUCUUACUCAAAGGCAGUUCCCACUAUGCCACACAGAGAACUGAGGGACCAUUCAUCUAGUAAACCACCCUUCCUAUAAGCUUUCAAUGUCUGCAGGGGCCUCUUUUCUCAGAAGAAACUUAAGUAUGUUGCCUGAAAGGAAGCCUGUGUUUCCCAGACAGCACCUGGUCUAGGAUUUGAAGAACGAAAAAUGAAAAGUUUGUGGCAAUGUUGAAUCUUAGCUCCCUGUUGCCCAGAUCCUCCCCUCUCCCUCACCCCUUCCUCUGAGAGUUUGAAUUUGUUAACUUUGAAAGGUGACAUACAUUCACCAGCUUCCAUAUCUGACAAAUAAACUGUACUGACCUCGAUGUUUUGUGCACUGCAUCCAACCACCCCGCUCUGUUCUUGAGAAUUUCAGGCCCAAACUAUGCAUGAUGCUCAUCAUGUGUUUAACAUGGCUGCUCAUAUUUUGGAGGAGGCGAAAACAGCUUUAAGGCCACAUUCCAGAUUGUGAUUUUGUUAAGACUUGAAGCUGCCUUCUGCUUCAAACUAAAAGCAACUAACCCAACCUCCCUCAGCAUGGUUCCUCUGUGGAUGUAUAAGAUUCUGGGUAGGCUGAGUGUGUUUGUUUAAAGAUAUGGCUAGCAUCAUGCAUAGUUUGGGCCUUGGUGCUGCCUCACUUGAGACUUAAAAUGCUCAAAUCUGCACAGCAGCCCUUCUUUAACGGAUUCCUCUAGUGUGCUGCUUCUCGGAGAUUGAUUUCUUAGGAAACUUAGGUUUGUCCACCUGUUUUUGUGAACACAUUUAGCACUUUGGGUUAUUUCUUCAUUGCUGGCAAAGUCCUCAUUAACAGCUGUUGGGUUGUUUUUUGUUUUUUAGAAGCACUGGUUUUGGUUUCAGGAGACUGGGUAGCAGGUUUUAUGUUACAUUUUAUAUUCAGAGUUCUGGAAUGGCCAAAAAGCCCCAAAGGGAAGAGGAUGUGCAGCAGAGAGGUGAAGAAGCCACAUUUUGCUCAUCACUGAUGAAGCUGUCACUAGUUUUACAGUAGUUUGGUACUGCAGGAUGAUGCCAUCUGUGAUGUUGUAAAUGGUAUGUGAAAGCUCUUUCAAAAGCCAGAAACUGCUGUUCGGUUGCACAGCAUAACAAUGAAAGUACCGUCCUUAAUAAACUAUAUUAAUAAGCACGG